CCCCCUGAUAACUUCUAUCCACCAUAACAUCCCCCAAAAUCGCGAGGGAAGCUUGGACUGCGACAAGGUGAAGGGAAGGAAGAGAAAAAAAAAAGAAAAAAAAAGAGACUUAACCAGUCUUCAUCCCACCACGAUCAUUAACUUUUGAUACUACUAUCCAAUAAGUGGUGUCAUUGGGGCAUACGACUGUCGGGUUGGGAGCAGGGUAGCGCUACCGAAAAAAAAACCGGUCGCUUUGUCUGUCGCCUUGUCAACCUGCUGCCUUUCAUCUCCGGCUUCAACAUACCAAUUUUCGUCACUUGGCCAUCUACUUUUGGUACAAGGUUGUUAAUGGGAUACCGUGCUAAAUUGUGCUUUCUUCCUCCUUCCUAUACUUCAUCCUCGAAUCUUCAGCGAUUAGAUCGACAUGCUCAUACACAGCGAACGGGACCAAGCCGAUACCUAUUUCUACUUCAUCAACUUCAUCGGAUACCUCCCAUCCUCGAAAAACGAAUCUCCCGACUUUUGGCAUUCUGUGCUUGUCACAUUAUAAUACUAAUCAUCAUCAAGGCUGCCAAGUUGCCUGUCUCAUCUCAAAAACAAACAACAAAGCCAAAAAGUUGAGCCGACCCAUUACCUCGACCCAUUACUUUGCUACGAUCACCCAAUCACAUGGCCAAUGGCCAUAUACGAAUAGUCUCAACUACUCAAACAAUUACUCAAAUUACCUAUCUGCCACCCAGCAUGGCGCCUACAGCUUCAGCUAUUUCGUGCCAGUUAAGGCAGACUGUUUAUUACCAUCUCGAUAACAUCUCCUACGACAACGCCCUGUUCUUCGCCGAGAGGUUAGCCGCCCAUGAUCCUCGUUCCAUCGAAUCACCCUAUCUCCUCGCUCUUUGCCACUUUCGACUUGGCGAUCAUCAGUCCGCAUAUGAGAUUGGCAAGGCUGCCGGGUACCGUGGAACCAACCUUUCCUGUUCAUAUAUAUUCGCCCAGUGCUGUCUGGUUCUAGGACGAUACAAAGAUGGUAUCCUCGCGCUGGAGAAGUCAAGAAAUCAGUGGUCCAGGAAGUCCAAUCUUGGGAAACACAGUGCAACAAGUAGAGCACAACAUCCGGAUACCGCGAGUGUUACUUGCUUGCUUGGGAAACUCUACCGAGCUUACGACGACAAGAAAAAGGCCAUAGUCAACUUCGAAGAAGCCUUGAAAUCGAACCCAUUCAUGUGGGAUGCCUUCACAGCCCUGUGUGAUAUGGGUGUGAACGUUAGAACGAGUAGUAUUUUCAAGCUGAACGAGACAUUAGUGGAGGGUUUAAGCGGUAGCCAACUGAGUGCAGGCUUAUCAGAACAGAAAGAUAAUUGUACAACCAAUCCAUUGGAUCCUCAACCUAAGAAGACCACUGUUCGUUCUACAACGUACGAUCCCAAUGGGGACCCCUUCGAGUCCCAGAAAUCAACAGCUGGGAGCGAUAUGUACCUGGGAGCCAAUCUCCUAGCCGGCGAGAACGAUUUUAUGUCCAGGGUCAACGCAAGCCGUUCUAAGGCGCCCAACGUUGAGUCCAAUUUUGAAAGCGUGGAAACACCAGUAGCAUCACACUAUAACGACUCGAAUAUCCCUCGUAUUACCUACCCACCCGAGCCUCCUCAGGCCCCAGCGAGGAAGACCAGGAACCCUCCAUCUAUUGAUCCAGGCCUUACAGACAUACACUCGAAAAUGAGUUACCGAGCUGGCUCUAAGAGGGGCCAUAGAUUACAGGACAAAUCCCAUGACGAGCAUUCGUCAGAAACUAACUCAGCUCUUCUCAAGCCCGGUGCCCCGGGAAAUCCAGGAAUAGAACGGAAGAGGACCGUAUCCGGUCAACUGGUCCAACCUAGACCCCCGUCGGAAGACCUUGGAGCUCCGCAAAGACGGAGCGCAAGAUUAAACAUGUUCAAGGGACCCAACACUAAGUCCAGCUCUGGACCACCGACUGGUACCUCGCGAGAAUUAAAAAGGGCUAGGCCCCCUAUUUCCCGAAGUGUGCGACCAAACUCAAGCGGCUCUAACGUGGGUAGAGCUGUGAGUGGCAACAGGAAGCCACUGGAAGAGAAUAUGGACGUAGACCAGGCUGAAGCACCACGUGUCAAGGAAGUCUAUCAUCAACCCGCAACUGUAAAGCCCGCAGAACCAGAAUUUAUCAAAGUCGAAGAGACAACGAGAUACCUCCUCGAACUUUUGAAGAAACUCGGCUCCGGCUACCUUGCUCUAUCACAAUAUCAGUGCGCUGAUGCUCUAGCUCUCUAUACCUCACUACCACGAACGCACCAAGAUACCCCGUGGGUGCUCUCGCAGAUAGGACGGGCAUAUUACGAACAAGCGGCAUAUGCGGAGGCGGAAAAGUAUUAUAGGAGACUACGUAUUCUGGCCCCUACUCGCCUUGAAGACAUGGAAGUAUACUCCACAAUUCUAUGGUUCCUCAAGAGAGAGACGGACUUGUCGUUCCUCGCCCACGAGCUCGUUGACUUGUCGUGGCAUUCUCCCCAGGCAUGGUGUGCCCUUGGUAACGCUUGGUCACUCGCUCGUGAUCAUGAGCAGGCGUUGCGAUGUUUCAAACGAGCAACCCAGCUCAACCCUAAGUUUGCUUAUGCGUUCACCCUACAAGGCCACGAACACGUUUCGAACGAAGAAUACGAGAAGGCUCUCACGGCGUAUCGCCAGGCGAUAUCAGCUGAUCGUCGGCAUUACAAUGCCUAUUACGGAAUUGGCCGAGUUUACGAGAAGCUGGGUAACUACGACAAGGCUUACAUACACUUUCACUCGGCAUCCGUUAUCAACCCUACCAACGCCGUCCUCAUCUGUUGCAUCGGCAAUGUACUCGAAAAGCAGCGCCAAAUCGUCCAAGCUCUCCAAUUUUUCACCAAAGCCACAGAGCUUGCUCCCAAUGCAGCGCAGACCCGGUACAAGAAGGCUCGAGCUCUAUUAGCUCUCAAUCAGCUUGACGAAGCCCAGAGGGAAUUGGAAAUUCUAAAGACCCUCGCUCCCGACGAGGCUACGGUGCAUUUUCUCCUCGGAAAACUAUACAAGAUGUUGAACGACAAAGGUUCGGCCGUGAGACAUUUUACAAUUGCCCUGAAUCUGGAUCCCAAGGCGAGCCAGCAAAUUAAGGAAGCUAUCGAGAGCCUCGAAGACGACGACAGCUUUGAUGACUCUAUGAUGGCAUGAGGAAGGACGCAAUAAACCUUUGAUUUAUUGAACAGGAUCGUUGCAUUCUAUUACGACGAUUGCAACAGCAUAGGGUGGUUUAGCCGGGACUUGAGAAGAUUCCGGAGGCAUGCGUUUAAUGUUUUCGGUGGAAGCUAUAUCCGGUAUAGCACGGCACGGCACGGCGCAGCACGAGCUCACACAUGCCCUCACCUUUUUGGGUGUUUGGCAUUACGAGCUCUGGCAAGGCAUAUGCAUCGGCGUUUAGGGAUUUUCAACCAGACUAUUGCGCUGGUUAGUUUCAGGCAACCAAAAGGUCCUGUGUAUAAGGUACUACGGUUAAGGGUUUGCAUGAUGAUUAAGUGUAUAAUAAUACGCAUCGAUGAGGGGUUGGACUAGUCUGUCGACCGUCCGAAACUGCUUCCACGAUGCCGAGAGGCCUGACAACGCAAUAAUAAACUCGACAU